GUCAACAGUAUUAAGGCAACUGCAGGCAACUGUUGAUAAUAAAAGAGGAAAUUACGGUAGGGGACACAUCGCUCUAUUCACAAGAGUCUUUCAAGACACACGAUUCUCCAAACAGACACACUGUGUGUGUUGGGAUUUUAGUUCGAAACGAGCGGUUUGAGGGAAAGCUUCUCGCCGGUAAAUCAAUAAUAAUCAACGUAGUAAAAAAAAAAAUGGAUUCAAUUUCACUAGUUCGCGAGUGUUUAUUAUCAAAAAAACGAGUACUUCCUGGAAAUCCUUUUAUUACAAGACCCUGGCUAGAGGAUAAAGCCCUGGCGGCAACACCCAGUGGAAAUAUAGGAGUUAAAGGAAUCAUUGCUGGUGGAAUAACGGGUGGAAUUGAAAUUUGCAUAACAUAUCCAACUGAAUAUGUGAAAACACAAUUACAAUUGGAUGGUAAGGCAGGCGCUGGAAAGGAGUAUUCAGGAAUAUGGGAUUGCGUUACGAAAACAGUGAAAAAUCGUGGUUUCUUUGGACUUUAUCGUGGCCUAUCUGUUUUACUCUAUGGCUCUAUUCCCAAAUCUGCUGUUCGUUUUGGAGCAUUUGAAAGUGUUAAACAGCAAAUUGUUGAUGAAAAUGGACAACUCACUGCACAGAAACGUCUUUUAGCUGGCCUCAGCGCAGGAAUUUGCGAAGCUAUUUUUGCCGUAACACCCAUGGAAACGGUUAAAGUAAAAUUUAUCAAUGAUCAAAGAUCAGCGAAUCCAAGAUUCCGAGGUUUUGUUCACGGUGUCGGUAUUAUUCUUCGUGAAAAUGGUUUCAAAGGAGUAUACCAGGGUUUGGUACCAACAAUGCUUAAGCAAGGAAGUAAUCAAGCGAUUCGAUUUUUCACUGUCGAAACAUUGAAGGAAUGGUACAAAGGCGAUGACAAGAGUAAACCAGUCCCAAAACUCGUUGUCGGUGUCUUUGGAGCAAUUGCUGGCGCUGCUUCUGUCUUUGGAAACACUCCUAUCGACGUUGUAAAAACGAGAAUGCAGGGUUUGGAAGCGUCGAAAUACAAAAACAGUUGGGAUUGUACAGUACAAAUUUGGAAGAAAGAAGGACCAAUGGCCUUCUAUAAAGGAACCGUUCCCAGGCUCGGUCGUGUUUGUCUAGACGUUGCAAUUACAUUCAUGAUUUACGAUUCGUUUAUGGAUCUCUUCAACAAAGUUUGGCCUUAAAAAACAAAUUUAUGCCUUAACUAUUUGUCUAAAAAAAAAGAAAAAGAAAGAGAAAACGUUAACACUGCAAAUUUGUUAACCGAAUACAGAAUCCAGACAAAAGUGCAAUUUUUUCCUGAUAUUCAGGUUCGUUAAACUAAAAAAGAAAAUGAAAAUAAAAAUACAAAGGACUGAUUUAUGAAAUUGGAAAAAAAGAAAAUUUUCAAAUUCGCACAAAUGAAAAAAGAACAAAAAAAAAAAUUGGUCAAACAUAAUUUUCCAUUUUUUCGAACUAUUUUGAAAAUUUUCCAUUUUUUAAAACAAAGAAAUAAUAAAAUUCAACGAAAAAUUGUCGGCACUGUGCCAAAAUUACAAAGGUCAGAUAAUAGCGUGUAUAUAGAUAAUCACGAUACUAUUGUAUCGUCAUUAUAAAAAAAGAGUGCGAAAAUAUUUUUUUCACGCUUUGCAGGACUAACAAUUUCUACUAUUUUCACUCUCUAUAUAUUAACCGACUAAAAAUUUUUAAAUUCUGCCUUUGGUUUUUGCAAUUCCUGUUUCGUCUUUUUUUUUGUACUAUUCACAAUAAUAAUUAAUUAAUAAUUAAUAUUUCUAUUAAUUAAAUGAACUAAUAAUCAAAUAAUUAUAAUUAUAAUAAUUAUUAAUUAUAAUUAAUUCCUCAGAGAGGAAGAAUUGUAUAUUAGUUAAUUAAUUAAUUAAAAUUGUAAAUAUUUACCUACAUUUUUAAAACAAUUUAUUUUCAAUUGUCAACGAAUAUUUAUUAUUAAUUUUUAAUUAAUCGCAAUGUAUUAUAGAAAAAUCGUCACAAACUGUUAUUCUAGAUAUUUAUAUGGUUUUUUUUUAGAAAAAAAACCGAAGGCAUUUGCAUUCAAAAAGAAUUGAAAAGUUUUAUCAUAAUUUUUUGUUGAAAAAUUAUUACACGCAUGAUUAUUUAUUGUACAAUGAAUUGUUUCUUACAACGUUCAUUCCAACGAUCAUUCCAAUUUAAAGUUUUUUAUUAAUAAUAUAGAAAAUAUUUUAUACUCCAAUAUUGAAUUCCGUUAAAUCGAAUCUUUGUUUAUAUGUGAGGACAGAUUAAUAGAAUUGUGUACUACUAAAAUUGUUAUCACCGUUGUUAAAUAGAUUAUAAUUUAUUAUUUUAAUUUCAGAAGAAAAAAUAUAUAUCAAUUUGUGUGA